AUAUAAGUUCCUGGAGGAGCUUCUCUUCCUGUUCUAUGAGAGAGGCAGUUUCCUGUCGAGAUGUGUCCGAAUCGAGAAACUGGAUCUAGAGAAGGGAGCUAUUGAUGCAUAUGUAUUCGGUGAGCAUAUGGAUCUUAGUCGUCAUGAACAAGGCACUGAAAUAAAGGCUAUCACUCUGCACGGUAUGGAGAUCGAUAAAGCAAAGGACGGCAACCGUUGCGAUAUACACUUCCUUAUCGAUAUAUGA